CUCAGCUUUGCGUGUGCCUGGGGAAAAUUGAUUGAGAUUUUCUAGAAAUUUUGAAUUAUCAAUCACAUAACAUUCGAAAAGUGCUUUAUGAAAAACAAUAGAAUUGCUUUCGUUAAUAAAGUGCAUUUGACAUAAUCAUAUCUUUAACAUAAACAGACUAUUAAACGUACAUAUUUUUUAAGAAUCUAAUUGUCAACAAAUCACUGCAUAUUUUCGAUUUAAAAAACCGCUAUAGUGUUAUUAAAAAGAUUUUAAAUACAGCUAUUAAGCCGUUAAAAAAGAUUAUUUAUAAAGCAGUGAAUAUUGUAUUUAAAGUUGGUGGAUUUUUGUAGAAAUAGAGCUAAUUAUUGAUAGUAGUUGCAUUUAGCGCUAUGUCCGCUUCUACUGCGACUGGUGAACGUAAUAAACACUCUAAACUUAGUCAAGAAAAGCUCGAUAUAAGCAAAGAAGAGUUCGAACGCAUUCGCGAGGCCUUAGGCAAAGAAGAAUUUCGCAAACUCUUCUUCGACUACGUUGAGGAAAUCCAAGAUCCAGAGAACCGCAAGAUCUAUGAAAAUGAAAUAGCUCAGCUGGAGAAGGAGCGCGGUGUUGAGGUGACAUUUAUACAUCCAAAGCCGGGCUUUGUGGUGAAAACUGCCAUAGAAGGAGAACUGAAAUGCUUUAUUAACAUUGCCAGCUGCGCGGAAGUAGCACGUCCGGAAAAUGUUGUCGCGCAAGAUCCAGAAACCGGAGCACGUGGUAUCACAUGGUCAAUACCAAUGGCUCAGACUCCAGGUCGGGAUGAUUUCGAUUCCAAAAACAAUCAUUGCAAGGUCUAUGAUGUGGUCUUCCACCCAGAUGCCUUGUAUCUGGCUCAGCGUAAUCCCGAAUUUCGCAAGUGCCUUAUCGACACUGCGCUGGACGCGAUCGAACGUGAGUAUAAAGUGAGUUUGGAUCGCGCCAAUCUCAAGUUCCCGAAGCUCGACUACAAGGGUGUCUCGCGUCCCACUGUGAUACGGAAAUUGUCGAAAAAUGCUACGGAAGAGGAGCGGGAACCGCACCCACUGGAGCACAUGUAUCCACAAAAACCAGAUGCGGCGAAUGAUGAGCCCAAAAUAUUACCACUAAAAACCAAGCCCACGCCCAAGCCUAAAUACACGAUACCCAAAUAUAUUAUAAAGCAGAGCCAUGACGUGGAUUUGUCCGAGUAUACGGAUGAGCUGGAUGCCAAACUAAAUUUGACAGUGCCGCGUUCUCUGGUCGUUGAAAUCGAGCUUCCGCUACUGCGUUCCACUGCCGAAUGCCAGCUGGAUGUGACUAACAACUCGAUCUAUUUGUUGAGCGAACGCCAGGGCGCCAAGUACAAAUUAAAAUUAGAUCUGCCCUAUACCGUGAACGAUAAAGCGGGGAACGCUCGUUUCGAUACCGACAAACGUCGCCUCUGUAUAACGCUGCCCGUGGCUCGUUCCAGUGCGAAAAAGGAACGUGAAAUGCACGACACUCUGCGCCAAUUAAAUCGUGAGGAUAGCGGUGUCGAGCUUCACUCAAACAGUGAGUCACCAGUCGAAGAGGAGGAUGACGAUGUUGACGGUGAUGCCGAAGCGGAGCAAAGUGAUUCUACAGAUGAGCCAACCAAGACGGUUACUUCCGAUCAAUCUGAUGCUACCACUGCCACGACCACGCAGUCGCCACGUUCUUUCCUCAAGAGCUCUGUACAUUACCAACUUCCCGCCAAGUUUGAUUGCAAUGUUUUGGACAAUGUGAUGGCCUUCGUGCUGCACGUGCCGAAUGUGCAACCCGAUUCCUUACUCACGCUGCAACAGCCGCAGAGUCUCCAUCUGCAGUUCGCCACAGUGGGCAGCGGCUUCUAUCCCACAUAUUAUGCAUUCUUUGUGAAACUGCCAAGCGAUGCACCUGCCAAUUUGCGUAUCGAGACUUCCGAACCGGAGGCAUGGGACAACAAUAUUGUGUUGAAAGUAACUUUAAGUACGAAAGGGGAUGGUCUGAAAACGUAUCUUGCCGGAUUGGAUGAGAACGAUCUGGUGGAAUACAGCGUCCAUGGUCAGUAUCCCACAAAAACGAGCAAUAUGAAGAAGAAAUGUGAGGAAGGGGAACAAAAGUUCAACAUUACCGUUGAUCGUAAUGACGAUGAGCCCUCGUUGGAAAUAACCAUUACGCCGAAACAUUCUGCUGCCGCUUGUGCAUCAAACACCACUGAGGAUGAGGAGCAUAAUGAUCAGCAGCAAAAGGAUCAGCAACUGCAAAAAAAGGUUAACAAGAAGCAGCGCAAGCGCAACAAGAAACAGCGUUCCCUCUCUGAGUCUGCAUGUGAGGAUAUCAAUAAGGUGUACGAUGCCCAACAGCAGGCAGCCAACAAGCAGCCUGCUGAACCGCACGAGCACUCAUCUCCGGAACGUAGCGAUGAUGCGACUGCAUCAAAGCCAGUGGCCUUGCUAAAAGUGCCUCCACGCAAGCAGCGCAGCUAUUCCGAGUGCAAUGAAAGCAGCGUUGGCAGCGGUGGUUCUGUGGCCUGCAGGGGCAUUUUAAAACGCUUUAGUCGCUACGGGCCAAGACCAUCCAUAUCAGACAGCUGCUCGUCCAUUGAUGAAUGCUCCUCGUCGUUUUCCUGUUCGGUUGAUGCCGCAGGUGGCCUUGGCAGUUACUCGCAAUCGUUUGGUGGGAUACCCGAGGAGCGAGACGAUCCCGGAUUAUCGGAGAGCUGCAAAAAGACUGUUAGAUUUAAUGACCAAAUCAUGAAGCAAGUAUUUAGACUCGACUCGAGCAUCUUGGGUCGCAAAAAGAAGAACCAGAAGAGGCGUGAUUGCAAAAUGCGAGCCCAGCAGCGUCGCGUCAGCGAAGGCGAUUCCGUCGACUAUGAAGAUAACAACACAACUCUCAAGGCUGCAGCUAAAGAGCAGUAUUUCAAGCAGAGCAAAGAAGAGCAGGACCUUCAUGAUAGUGGUCUUGAUUUAGUUGGCGCUCAAAACAAUAAUAACAGCGAUAACAACGACAAUGAAGCUAAACGAAACAAAAAACCUCGCGCAGAGCAUGAACAAUAUGCUGAUGCAAAGAAUUCCAUGAUUUUUGAAAUGGAUGAUGAUAUGUAAAUGAAAUACAAAUUUUUAGAGGCAUAUUUUGAAUUUUUUUAAACUACUUAUAUAUUGUACCAUACAUGUAUGUGUUUUUUUUUAGUAAUAUUGUACUUGUAAGCAAUGCGCAAUUCACUGCUCAAUUCACAAUACGAAUGCAAUUUAAAAUUGUUUAUACUAUAAUCAAUCAAAAAUCCUAUAAGCACAUACAUGCAUAAAUCAGCUGUUAUUGUUAUUCAAAUUGGUUCUCUAUUGAAAAGUUAAAAUUUUAAUUAACUGCAUAUUUGGAUGGUAUUCAAUAUUUAUGCUUAUUCAAACACAUUAUCAUAUGCAAAAUCUCAAAAUAUUGUUAUUAACUUAGUUGUGUAGAAUUUCACAAGUUCAUAAAUGCAUUCUUUCAUAAUCAAUAAAUGAAACGUUUUAAAACAAUCUACUCUCAUCAAUUCGCCACUCACAAACAAGGCUACAAAAUAUAUCCAUAGCUAACAAUAGUAGUAGAAUUAUUACACAUAACAUAAAUGCAUAAACAACUAUUUACAUAAUCAAUAAACUGAACAAUGCUUAAAAAA